GGCAACGUUGGUGUUCUCUUUGCACUUACAGUUUGAGUGCAACGCAAGUCAAAUAAGAGCCAAAGAAACCCAGGAGGCUCACUCAGCCGUUUACUGCUUUUGUGCUGUCUAAUUGGUUGUUGUAAUACAACAAUGUGGGUCAAGCUGAACUUUUAACAGGAUGUGGAAAAGAGCCGCCAGCUAAACCGUGAAGGAAAGAAGCCAACUAGUUCCACUGAAUGCUGCACAGAAAGGGGGGAAAAUGGCAGGUAAAAACCUCCCAUCGAUACAUCCAUCGUCUUUCAGGACCAGAUUCGAAUUGAGCAGGAAAGCGAGUUCUCCAAGAAGUCGCCCAUCGGUGACAGCGGUGCCUGCUCUCUCUCUGCUUGUCAGAGGAAGAGGGUCACAUGUGUCCCGUUUGACCGACGUGGAUCCUCAAAUCAUAUCCCUCCAGAAGAACAUCCAGUAUCUGCAACGACAACAAACGGAAACUCUCCAGAAGCUCCACGCAGAAAUGGAACUUCUCAAAAGGGAGAAUAAAGAGCUGAAGUAUAGGUUGACUAUGGACUCAAACAAAGCAGGCAAAAAAGGAAUAAUGUUGAGCCGAAUUGCAAGGUCUCCCUGUCAAGGGGCCCAAUCCGGACACUGCGUGGAGGAGCUGCCUGAAGACACAGCGCCUCAAGACCAAGCUUUAAGGGAGGUUAGCGAAAGUCCCCGAUCUGUACGACUAAACCAUGGUGGAGAACUAACAGGGAUACGAAAGACAACUUUAGCACCUGUAAGAAUCCACAGUGGUCCAUCCAAUCUGUCACACCCUUCUACAGUAGAGGAGUGUGAGGCCAUCAUCCAACAUCUGUUCAAUGUAAACAGUUCACAGACUCAGGAAAUUGCACGUCUGAAGGCGCUGCUUAGUGAUAUAAUUCUAAGAAAGAAAAUCACACGGGAACACCAAAUGUUGAGCAAGGCCUACCUUGGUAAUGAACCAUGCAAACCUGAUGAAAAGAAGAUAUGUCCCAAACUUGGUUCUCACCUACUUCCACCAAUAGUACCCUCUCACCCCGGUGUAGGUCUACCUGGCCUGAAGCAGAGCCUCAGUGCCAGUGCUGCAAACAGAGAGAAGAGAGUCAUGUCAUUUCACAGACCCCACUUCCAACAGAGUUUACGCUGACUGGCUAGAAAGGUCAAAGCCUGUGUGUUUUCAUGGUCAAAAACUUUGGUUACUGACAUCUUUAUUAAAGACUCAUUAAAAACAAAUACCAAGCCAUAAUAA